AUGACUCUCAAGUACCUCAUCACCGGAGCUUCAGGAGGUCUUGGCUCACAGGUACUUUCUUACCUGGCUGGCAAUAUACCCGCCUCAGAGUACGCAGCGGCGUCUUCGAGCGAGGCGAAUCGGAAACGAUUCGAAGACCGAGGAAUCGCGUUUCGAGUAGCAGACUACGACAAUGUGAAAUCUUUAGAAGCCGCCUUCCAAGACGUCGAGAAUCUACUCUUUGUGAGCACGAACACAUUUGACGUCGCCAAGCGAGAGAAACAGCAUCAGAACGUUGUUGACGCGGCCAAGAAAAUGAAUGUCAAACAUGUCAGUACCGAGUCUCAUCCUAGUGUAUGGUAUACGUCUCUUGCCUUUGGAGGAUUUGGAUCUUCCGACGCGGACGUGCAAAGGGCCCAUCUAUUGACUGAAGAGAUGCUGCGCAAAUGUGGUAUCAACUUCACCUCUAUACGCGAGGGUCUCUACACCGAGGCAUUCCCCGUCUUCAUGAAUUGGUACCCCAAUACAUCUGUCAUGUAUCUACAUUCCGAUGGACCGAUCACUUUCACCCGACGGGCCGAAUUAGCAGAAGCUACCGCUCGGUUGAUGAUCCGGGGUGGUCAUGACCGGGACAUUGUGCUGCUCACUGCCCAGCAACCCAUUACCUUUUCCGAGAUCGUCGGGGUCAUCAACGACACGACUGGUCGCAAUGUGCAGGUCCAAUUUGUGUCCGCGGAGGACUUUGUGCGACUCAAGGCGACCGGUGACGAAGGCGGGAAGCCAGAGGCAUUCUUCCGGAAACUACUGUCGUGGCAUGAGGCGAUCGGCAAGGGUGAGACCAGCACGACAGAUCCACUGAUGGCAGACUUGCUGGGAAGAGAGCCGACACCACCCCGGGAGGCUAUUCAAGAGCUGUUACGCGAGAAUCCCAACUAUGAGUGGCACCAAAACUAUGUUAAUAGAGCUUAG